AGUCACUGAUGCCUGGAGGCUCUCUCGCUCUGCCCCAUGCUAUGCAUGCAGGGACAGCGGGCACAGCCAAGGCACAAAGGGCUGGACAUGCUGGGGCAGGCUCGCCCCACCUACCCUGGGGUGCUUGGGCACCCAGGGCACCAGGAGAGCGUAGAGCAGCUGCCUGGGGACCAAGUGCUUAGCCUGCUCCUGAACUAGGAGGACGAGAAGGGACCGUCCCUGUGCCCAGAGCUGGGAUCCUGCUGCAGUCACUGGACUCCAGAAGCUGGAGCUUGGAGCAGAAGUCCAAGGGGACCUCUCUGGAUUGCACUGGUUGCUGUGAUCACCUGCAUGGAGGAGCUGUGGGCCCUGGGUCUCCAGGUGUUUCCUGAGCUGUGUAAUGUGAUGUGGUGUUUCUCCUUCCCGGAGCCCAGGCAGUGGAUCUGUGUGCCAAGUAUUCACUCUUCCAGGAAGCAAGUCAGGCACUGGGCUGCGCAUGGAGGUGACUCCUAGGUGCCCUGCCGUGCCCCAUAAAACCAAGAGGACAAUACGUGAGAUGGAAGGAAGACAAUUUGGAUCAACCAGAUGGCAAAACCUCCUUCCCUUCGUGCGGCCUGUGCAACGCUCUGCCACCAGCAGGACACUGACCUCAGACUGCUGUGAUUGCCUACAUGGAGGAGCUGCAAUCCCUAAAUCUCCAGGGAUGUGAGGAAGUAGAGAUUCCUGGCAGUGGCCAGCAAGGCACCGCAACCACAAGUGAGAGUGCAGAGGGGUAUUGCCCCAUGGGCUGGCUUGGAACAGCAGAGCCAGGAGCCCAGGGCCACGUUGGCCUGAAGCCCGAGUGGGACAGAGCUGACGAAGGCGAGCAACGGUCCAGGAGAAGAAAGGUGGUUCGGCAAGCCCAAGGCACCGGCGCUACCCUCCCUCGGGAGCGCCGCUUCGUGUGUGGGGAAUGCGGGCGGGCCUUCAGUGCCAAUGCCCACCUGGUGAAGCAUGCACGGACACACACAGGCGAGCGCCCCUUCCCCUGCCCUGACUGCGGGCGCCGCUUCACACAGAGCGCCAACCUGGCGCACCACCAGCGCCUGCACACGGGCGAACGACCCUUCCCCUGUGGGGAGUGCGGGCGCUGCUUCCGCAUGAAAGCUGACCUGGCACGACACCGUGCCUCCCACACAGGCGAGCGCCCGUACCCCUGCCCCGACUGUGGGCGCCGCUUCAGCCAGAGCUCCAACCUGCUGCGGCACCAGCGUGCCCAUACUGGUGAACGCCCUUUCCAGUGUGGUGAGUGCGGGGCUGGCUUCGCCCGCCGCGCCCACCUGGCCGCCCACCGGCGCACCCACACAGGCGAGCGCCCCUAUCAGUGUGGGGAGUGCCACGAGGGCUUUGCCCAGAUCGCUGCCCUCAUUCACCACCGCCGCCUGCACACGGGCGAGCGCCCCUUCCAGUGUGGCGAGUGCGGCAAGGCCUUUGCACGCGCUGCCACACUGCUGCACCACCGCCGCUUGCAUGAUGGUGAGCGCCCCUUCCCCUGUACCCAGUGUGGCAAGGCUUUUGCCAGCCGUGCUGCUUUGCACCAGCACCACCGUGGCCACUCAGGCCUGGCCCCCUUCCCAUGCAAGGAGUGCGGGGCUGGCUUCGCCGUCAGCUCUGCACUGCUGCGGCAUCGGCGCAUUCACACUGGCGAGCGCCCCUAUGUCUGCGUCCAGUGCGGGGCCAGCUUCACCCAGAGCUCAGCCCUCACCCGCCACCAGCGGUUGCAUGACUGAGACGGCCUGGCACUGCUCCUGCAUGCAGGCAAGGACGGGCCUGGGGAGGAGGGAAGAGGUCCCAGUGGAGGGGCUCUGGGAUCAACAUGUGGAUUGACUUUUCAACAGGGGCUGGGUCAGGUGGACAGAGAGAUCAUAUGACAUGGCUGCCUAGAGCAUCAGGGCAUUGGGCAUAGGGACCUGAGCCAUCCCUUUGUUCCUGGGAGUGGGGGCUGGUUGAAUGGGUCAUUCUGGGGUCCUAGGAGAUAGGCUUGUUUGUUGGAGUGGGGAGGAGAGGAGCUGGAUCCUGAAAAAUCAGGCUGCUGAGCAGAGAGAUUGUAAUAAAAGGGAACCACAGCUGGGUUUUCACAUCCUUUCUAUGAUAAAAUGAGCACAAAGUUCAGGCAUCACGUAUGGAAUGGGUUCACAUGGGGCCAUCUCAGACAGGAGACUGCAAAGGGGAGCUCAAGAUGCAUGGGGUCGGGGGAGAGGAAAGUUGAGUCUUACAAAGCACCUGGGGCACCUGCAGCCAAGGUUGGACCUAGGAGUACAAUGCUCCAGCCACAGGGGAGCAGGCAGUGGUCUGAACAGUCCCCAUCCCCUUUAAAAACCUGGGAUAAAACUGUAGCUGAGGAUGGAGCCAGGUGGAAGGCAGACAGACUUGAGGACAAUUUUGAUCAUUAUAAUUUAUUUAUUUAUUUAUUUAGAAAGUUUGAGGGAAAUCUGAAAAUUUUCCUUUCAGGUUUCUUGGGACUUUUUUUUAAGGUUUACAUCAGUCGGAAAUAAUGUUUGGAACUCCCCGUCCCAUAUUAUUUAAUACCAUAUCAGUAGUUAGCACAUAUUUCUCUUAUUUCACAGUAACCAGUAGGAUUAGUGACCUGCUGUAAGAUGACACAAAAGCUGAAACAUUCUCUUUGAUUUCGAAAAUCAUGAAGAGUAGCUGCUCAAUUCAGACCAAAAUGGCUCAUGUUUUUCUUGCUCAAAGCAUCUCCAACUUGUUAUAACAAAACAGUAGCA